AUAAUAUAAAAAUUAAACAAUUAUAUAUGAGUGAAAACAAAAUGGCAAACAAACCACGUAAACGUGCUCAGAAUUUCUCCGAAGCGGAAAAAAUAUGUUUAAUAAAUUUAAUACAACAAUAUAAGGACGUUCUGGAAAAUAAAAAAUCUGAUGCGGUAACCUCAAAGGAUAAAGACAAAUGUUGGAAAGUGAUAGAACAUUUAUUUAAUAGUAGAUCUUCGGGCGAAUUUCGAAAUUCUGAAGUUUUGAAAAGCUGCUGGGAUAAUUUAAAGAAAAAAACAAGAAAAUUUUUUGCUGACGAAAAAAUGCAACUAUAUAAAACAGGUGGAGGACCUUAUGUUUCCAAAUCAGAUGUGAUUCUGGAACGUGCUCGAGAGAUUAUUAAACCUUCAGUUGACGGUUUAACUAACAACUUUGAUAGUGAUGAUAUAACAGAUAACAAUAUAAAUCCGUGCAAACUUCCUUGCACAAAUUUAAAUAAAAAUUUAAAUGAAACAAGUGAUGAUGAUUAUACUAUGCUUGAAUGGCUCGAUGAAAAUAAUGAUAAUACCAAUGAUAGCCUGCAUGAAAAUGAUGUACUAAAUUUAUUUAAAAAGCAAAGCACCGCUGGCAUGGAGAAAGCAAUGGAAGACGAUACUGAAAGUGACAUUAAUUUAGAGUUAAACACAAAUAAUUUACAUCGCACCGAUAACAAGAAUUUAAAAAGCAAACUGCAACAAUCGAAACAAAACAUUGAUAAAACAUCUGCAGUAGGAGUACUAACAAGUAAUAUAAGUACUCCACUUAAAAGAAGAAAGCUUUUGGACAGUUCAGGAAAUAAAGAACGAUAUAAGAAACAAGAAUCUAUAAUUUCGAAAAUAGCACAGUGUAAUGUAUUAGGAGACUCAAAAAUAGAACUUGUGCAAUUUAUGAUAGAAGAUUUAAAGAAGAAAAGCGAUGUUGAGAUAGACAUAUUGAAAACGCAACUCCAAAAAGAGAAAUUGGAAGUACAAAUAUUGCAAAAGGAACUAGAAUUAAAAGAAAAUAUGUUACAAAGCAAGCAACAAAAGUUAAUGUUUAAUGUUUAAUUUUUAAUUUCUUUUAUAAUUCUUUAAUUUCUUUUUUAAUUUUUUAGUUUCAUGUAAAAGACUGAUAUACUUCAUACAUUUUAUAAUAAUUUGAAAUCAUUUGAUAAAAAAAUAUUUAAUUUCUUUUGUUUGCGCAACACAAUAUUUGUUUGCAUAUUCCAAUGUAAGCCAGAAAUGCAUAUUUUUGCCAAUAUUUGUUCUUGCUAAUAUUAAAAGUUUGAUUAACAUAUUCUUGCCAAACGUUUUGAAAAA